AACCUGAAUCUAAAUAUUUUAAAUGAAAUGUUAAUAUGUACGUUUAGCACAGGAAUCCAUGUCACAUAUGAGUUCUUCGCUCACGUUGACGUCUGUCAUUCCGUCUUCGUCCUCCAGUCCAGCAGAGGUCGCUGUUCGCUCACCGUCGUCGACGCGGAACUCUCUCUCUGUUUACUUCCCUCGGUGUCUCUGUGUCUUUUGUCCGCAGUGAGAGACAAACAGCGGUAAAAUGUGCGGCGUGCAGCAGCUGCGGGUGUCGGUACAUGCGCGGAUCAGCGCUGCCGCUGAAGACUUUCUGCUGCAGGUGGACAAAGAAGAAGAAACGGCUCCGGUCCCGGCGCUGAGAGCGCUGCUCACCGAGCGACUCGCGGCGGCGGCGGAGGAGAUCGUCGCUCUGUUUGAGGAAACCGUGGCGGAGUACGAAGACCGAGUGGAGCGGUCAGAGCGGGAGAUCCAGAGCCAGAGGAGGCUGCUCGAUGCCGUGCUGAAGCCCGAGGUCAGGCUGCUGCACACAGCAGUGUGUCCUGCAGAUGUCCAGCAGAGGUGGCGCCGCCCUGUGGACCAGGACGACCUUGAGUGUCCGUGCAUUAAAGAGGAGGAGGAGGACGAUGAUGUCACUGCUGUCUCUGUGAGAAAUGAAGAGGAAGAAGAGAAACUUGAGUCUUCACAGCUUCAAGAUCAGAGUCAGACACAGGAGAACAGAGAGGACUCUGGAAAACCAGAACCAACCAGGAACUCGGGUCCAGAUCCAGUGAGUGAAGAUAAUUUUCAUGAUUCAACAGAAACUGAAGACAGCGAUUGUGACUGGACGCAAGCAAACGCAGCUGAGUCUGGUGUGGAGGUUAAAAACAGUGAAGCUUCUGAAACGGAUCCUGGAACGUCGGCUCAGGAGAAACCGUUCUCCUGCUCCUACUGCGCUAAACGCUUCAGCCUCAAGGGGAACCUGAACAGACACAUGAGAGACCACACCGGGGAGAGACCGUUCCCCUGCACAGGCUGCCACAAAACCUUCAAAGACAGCGGCUCGCUCACAGCACACGUGAGGUGUCACACCGGAGAGCAGCCGUACAGCUGCUUAUUCUGCGGGAAGAACUUCAGUGGGAGGGGAAACAUGACGCGGCACAUGAGAAUCCACACGGGAGAGAAACCCUUCAGCUGCUCCAUGUGUAACAAACGUUUUCACGUGAAAGAACAUCUCAGCAGACACAUGAAGUACCACACGGGGGAGAAACCCUUCAGCUGCUCCGUCUGCGGGAAAGCUUGUGCUCAGAAAACAGACCUGAAGAAACACAUGAGGGUCCACACGGGAGAGAAACCCUUCCACUGUCCGUUCUGUGAGAAGCGCUGCGCUGAGAAAGGAGACCUGACCAAACACAUGCGAGUUCACACGGGGGAGAAACCGUUCAGCUGCAGCGUCUGCGGGAAACGCUGCGCUCAGAAGGGAAGCCUGAAGAUCCACAUGAGGAUCCACACCGGAGAGAAACCCUUCAGCUGCUCCGUCUGCGGCAAACGCUUCACCGUCACCGGACAUUUGAAGAGACACAUGAAGCUUCACACUCAGGUGACCGCGCCGGGCAAAGGUCAACAGGAAGUAGAUGCUGAAGAUCAGUAUCCGUAUCAGUGUCAGUCAGUAGCAAUAUCGCAGCAGCAGCAGCAGCAGCAGCAGCAGUGGAGGUCCAGUGUGGACCAGGAGCAUCCCCACAUUAAAGAGGAAGAGGAGGAAGUGUCCAUCAACCAGGAGGAGGAGGAGCAUCAGAGACGUGAGGUGAAGGCAGAAGUGGUUCAGUUAACUUCUGUCUGUGUGAAGAGUGAAGAAGACGAAGAGAAACUCGAGUCGUCACAAGCAGCCAGGGACUCAGGACAUUCGUCUUCUGAGACGGACAUCAGUGACGGGGACUGGAAGGAGACAGAACUGACGUCCACUUUAAAGCCAAAGAAAAGUGUUUUGACAGCGUUUCGUUGUCUCCAGUGUGGAAAAGGCUUUAAGCACAACUUCAGUCUGAAGAGACACCUGAGAGUUCAUUCAGGAGAGAAAGCGUUCAGCUGCUCCCAGUGUGGGAAGCGUUUCCUCCACGAGGACAACCUGAAGUAUCACGAGAAGAAUCACACGGGCCAGAAACCCUUCAGCUGCUUUGGUUGUGACAAACGCUUUCACCGAAAGAGUGAAAUGAUGAGACACGUGAGAAUUCACACGGGAGAGAAACCGUUCAGCUGCUCUCAGUGCGGGAAACCAUUCAUCCAUAAGAACAAUUUAAAGGAUCAUGAGAAAAUUCAUACAGGAGAGAAACCGUUCAGCUGCUCCGAGUGCGGUAAAACAUUUUGCCGCAAGAACGACAUGGUGAGACACACGAGGACUCACUCAGGAGAGAAGAAGUUCAGCUGCUCUGUUUGUGGUGAAAGGUUCAGCAGGAAGGACAAUCUCAAAGACCACGAGAAGAUUCACGCGGGAGUGAUUCUCUACGGUUGUUCUAAGUGCCGAGAAAACUUCAGCCAAAAGGAAGAGCUGAAGGAGCACGAGAAGAUUCACGCGGGAGAGAAACCGUUCACUUGCUCGGUGUGCGGUAAACAAUUCCAGCAAAGAUCACGUCUGACCAAACACAUGACCAUUCACUCAGGAGAGAAACCGUUCACUUGCUCCGUGUGUGGGAGCAGUUUCAAUCGAAAGGGAAACCUGCAGAGACACAUGACGGUGCACGCCGAGGACAAACCGUUCAGCUGCUCUGAGUGUGACAGACAGUUUGUGCAUGAGACUGAUUUAAAAGAGCACGAGAAAGUUCACACAGGAGAGAGACCGUUCAAAUGUCCCCGGUGUGACAAGACAUACACACGGAAGAAGGACAUGCUGAGACACAUGAGAGUCCAUUCAGGAGACAAACCUUACAGCUGCUCUGUGUGUGGGAAAAGAUUUAUCCUGAGGAGUUAUCUGACCGAUCACGAGAAGAUUCACACGGGAGAGAAACCGUUCGGCUGCUCCGGCUGCAGCAAAACGUUCAGCAGGAAGAACGACAUGGUGAGACACAUGAGCGUUCAUUCAGGAGACAAACCAUACAUUUGUUCUGUUUGUGGCAAAAGGUUCAUCUACAAGAACAACCUGAAGGAGCACGAGAGAAUCCACACAGGUGAGAAACCUUUCAGUUGCUCUGUGUGUGGAAAGAGAUUCAGCCGGAAGAACGACACCGUGAGACACAUGAGCGUUCACGCGGGAGAGAAAGCGUUCAGCUUCAGCCAGAGGGACAGUUUAAAGGACCACGAGAGAAGCCACACGGGGCGGCGGCCGUUCACCUGCAUCCACUGUGGGAAGAGAUUUAGUCGUCGCAGUGAAAUGAUGAAACACGUAAGGAUUCAUACGGGAGAGAAACCCUUUGUUUGCUCUGUGUGUGGCAGAAGAUUCAUUCACAAGAACAAUCUCAAGCAACACGAGAAAAUCCACACAGGUGAGAAAGCGUUCAGUUGCUCCGAGUGCGAGAAAAGUUUUUAUCGGAAAUCGACUCUUCAGCGACACUCGAGAAUUCACACGGGAGUGAAAGCGUUUGGUUGCUCUGAGUGUGGUUCGUGCUUCUGUUAUAAGACGAGUCUGAUGACUCACAUGAGAGCUCACACACGCCAGGAGCUUCUCAGACGCUCGGGGGAAACUGGAAGUUCUGCAGAGAAACCCUUCAUGUGCCACGUGUGCGGUAAAGGAUUUAUACAUCAGAACAAUCUGAAGGCUCACGAGAAAAUUCACAGCGGAGAGAAACCGUUCUGUUGCCCGUUCUGUGGGAAAGGUUUCACACGACUGAGGAACCAGAUCGUUCACAUGUCGGUUCACACGGGAGAGAAACUCUUCAGCUGCUCCGUGUGUCACCGCAGGUUCACCUGGCAUCAUCAGAUCAAACGACAUCGGUGUGACGAGGCGGAGCUUAUCGACGAUGACUCACAGCUGGACCAGAAGCACGCCGAGGCGGAGCUUAUCGACGAUGACUCACAACUGGACCAGAAGCACGCCGAGGCGGAGCUUAUCGACGAUGACUCACAACUGGACCAGAGUCAGACUGACGAGAGCGUUGAGGAUUGAAGGACCAGAAUCAGCCCAGAACUUUUAAAGUAAAGGUGUAUUCUGUGUAAAAUGUGAAGAUGACGCUGAAGGGUCACGUGUGUACACGUGCAUGUAUGUUGAUGUACAUACACGUGUGUAAAUAUGUAAAUAGGUCUGAAAAUGUUAUUUUUAAAUUAAGUGAUUCAUAAUAAUUUUCUCUUUGUUCAUUUUGACGGGUGAAUGUGAGGGUGAUGAACAGUUGAACCAGAGGAAAUGACUCAGUCCUGUAGGUUGUAAGUUUAUAUUAACGAUAAAUUUAUUGAUCACAUGACGACAACAAACUGGAAAACGAAUCAGCAUGCAGAGCUGUGGACGUUCACUGAGACAAGGACAACCAAUCAAAGCAGAGACAUGUCUUCACCCCAACUUCACACUAAUGUUAGCUAAUCGUCUCGCCCACACAUCGUGUCCCAGGCUGACUGCCAAAUAAUGAGCCGUUGUAUACAACAACCAAGUUUGUCUACCAAAUAAUGAGCCAUUCUAUAUACCCACCAACAGUUUGUCUGCCAAAUAAUGAGCCGUUGUAUACGCUCACCAACAGGAGAGAUAAUUCUCAGUGCUGCCCCCUGUCUUCUGUGAGGAUCAAUAAUUGAUAUCAAUGAAUUAAUCAAACUUUAUUUUUUAACUUUUAAUAAAAGGCAAAUAAAAUAAAAUA